AUGCCAGUGCCAUUCUUUGUUUACUGCAAUUCUCGAAAUGAUGCAGAACGGAGUGCUACUUACCUCCGGUCUCGAGUGGACGGGUCACUAAAGAAGAGGAUAAUUUGGGUCCACUCAGGGAUGUCGGAUAAACACAAACAGCAAGCAGUUGAAAUGUUUAGGGAUGGAAGACUUAUUGGAAUAACCGCCACAGAAUCCUUGGGGUUGGGUUUUGACUUACCAAAUAUCGCAAGACUCGUCCAAUUUGGCCCGCCUGACAACUUGAGUACGCUUGCACAGCGCUUUGGUCGUGCAGCAAGGGACCCGGACAUGAGUGGUAUUGUCAUCCUUCUUGCACCACGAGAUUAUUUCGAAGAAACCCGCCUUGAGCGAGAAGGGAGGGCAAAGAAGAUGGCCAAACGGAAAAAACGUAAAGCCACUAUGCAGAAAAUCACAAGCACAGAUGACCAGCCAAGGAAGCGAACAAGGCAACUGCUUACCAUGGUUAAUCACGUGGAUGCCCACGAAGUUGCCCCAUCUAACAAUGAAUUUGACGAAUAUCUGCUUGAUCUUCAUCAACCAGAUCCGAUGCUGCCAUUGCGAGAGGAUGUUUGGCCGUCAAGCGACAAUGAUCACCCUGAUGAGGGGCAUUGUGAUUUGGAAACAUCCAGUGUAUCGGAGGAUGAAAUGUGGGAUGAGUUUCCGGAUAUCGAUUUUGAUGUGGUGUGUAAGGCAAUGGAGGGUGGGAAUAGCGCCACCGAUGGGAUAGAAUGCAUGGAUGCCAUUGAUCACAAUCAACCCAACGCUAUUGAUGAUGAGGUGAUAGAGCCAUCUGUGGAGCAUGUUGAAGACAGUGGCGUUCAUGUGUCAACACGGAAUAAACCAAGAAUGGUGAAGGCGAAGAGGGGGCCAGCAGACUGCAAGAAUAUUGACCCAGGUCUUGAUGCAUUUAUCAAUGCUGACCUGCUGCCAGAUGGUGAUCCUAGGAGGGGUUGCCGUAGGUUAGUGUUCGACAUAUAUUUCGGUAAUACCCACACAAGGACGCCACGCGGCUGUUGCAAAUGGUGUGAUCCACGCAAGUCGACAAGUUGCUGUGACCUACACAGUCCUGGACACACAUCAGGGAUGUUUGAUGCCGAAGUUGAACCACUUCCCAGUAAGUGGAACCCACAGCAUGUCGGACCCAAGUCCAAAUACGAGAAGGAUGAUGCCCAGUCGACUGCUCUUGACAAGGCACUUUAUGAGUGGAGAAAGGAGGAAUUUGCCCGCGCUCACCCUGACCGCCAUGAUGAUAUGUGGGUGGGAGACUGGCUCAUUCUCCCAGAUGAUGUAAUUGACGACAUCAUCUAUCUCGCACAUCUGAACAAGCUAACAUGUUGCGAGAAGUUCAUUCAACUUGUUGAUUGGGUAUAUCGCGAACGCUAUGCUUUGGAAUUACUCGACAUUGUGCACAAGAUAUUUCCACUCCCCCCUGAAUCACCCACCAUCGCUCAAAAUGCAUCCCAAGCUGUCGAAAAUUCUCGAAUCAGCACAUGCUCAAACUGUUGA